AUGGAGUCCGAGGCAAACGACGGAGGAGUCACGAGGGCAGCCGAUGAAGACGCAGUUGCCGAGGCCUUUGCAGCUGGCAUAGCAGGUGGUGGUCAAGGCGUUCUGGGUGGUGCUGGUGGCCGCAAUGGCCCUGGUGACCCAGAUGUCCCUGGUGACGCCGUCAGUCGAGGAGUCCCUGGCGGCUCCGGUGACCAGGCUAAUCCCAGAGGACCCAGUGCUGCCGGAGAGUCAGGUGGUGCAGCCGGUGCCAUUCCACAGAUCCUAGGGGCACCCCACGCACCAGGGCCUGGUGGAGACGCUGCACCUGGAGCCGGAGUUCUGACUGACCGAGCCCUCCAGUUCGGCCUCGCAGUGCCUUUCUCAUCAUAUGAGGAGGCGGACAAUGCCCGCCACCUCCUGACUCGACGUACUCAGCUAAGAUGGCCGGUUCGGAGGGACCUCUACGUUAAUGGCCGCAUGUUGGUUCUCCGAUUGACUGCUGAAGAUCCUGGCCUGCUCCAGACGUCCAUCACCUUCUGUCUGGACCAGCUUUACACGGUGAUGCAGACCUUACAGCACUUUGUGCCCCCCCUUUAUGCUAAGCCUCAUCACAGAAGAGGGGCUUAA